ACACUAGCUAAGAGACCAAGGAGAGGAGCAAUAAAUGACCAGUUUACCAUAUGGCAUGUCUUGAGCAAAGAGUGCCCUGUGGGUCUUUAUACUGAGAGUGGCCAGACGUUCAAAGCAACAUCCCAGGAAGCUACGAAGUUGAGUCUGGCAUUCUCAAGGCCUCCGUUGCCUUCUUCAGAGGACUGUCAGAAACUGAGUGAAGGAAUCCAGAAUGCUGUCUUAGCAGCUGCCACUGCAUAUUACUGGCUUCCCAAGGACCAAGGUAUUACUCUGCGGAAGAUGGUGCGAGAUGCCACUGCCAGGGUAGUGGAAGGAAUGAUUCAACUUACGGACGUGAUUCUCAGUACUCAGCUGUCGAGUUUGUCUCAGGAGCAGCUAAUAUCCACUGGCAGCGUAUGGGAGGCAUGUGAACAGAUUUCCCACCUGCCUCGAGAUAACCAGGCAGCAGUCUUGUCAGCCAUGACCAUCUAUCUGGGUGUGGUCAGGGAUGCACUGGAAGAGAUGGAGCAGGCUCAGGGGGAAGAUCAGGACCCCUUUGGUGACAUCCUGGAGGAUGAGGAACUGGGCUCUCGGGGCAACAGGGAUACUUAUUGGUCUGAGGCUGACCGGAAGCUACUUGGCCCCUGCAUGGGGCUCAUGAAGGCCUCCAAAGCCUGCCUGAAGAAGCUCUUGGGUGCAGUGAAGGUUCAUGGCAAAGCAGACACCUCGGAACAGGUGGCUCAGCUAGAUGAUCUUGCAGACAUUACCAAUGAGAUCAGCCCCAGCAUUGAUGAGCUGGCGCUGAGCAUGUAUCCGCCCGUGACCCAGCUGGCUGUGCGACUCAACGCUGCCAAACUGGCCUCUGUGCUGAAGAAGGUCCUAGAAAUCACAAAGGCAAGCCACGUGUGCCCCCUAUCGGAGGAAGGCUGGGUUCAGUUUCUCACUGAUGCAGUAGAUCACAACAUGGACAAAAUUAAGGACUUCACACAGAGUGAACUUUAAUGCUUCUGUGCCCCCAUGUGGUGCGGCAGGGUCUCGGUGCGUAUGGUCGUUUCCUGACCACAGGGAAAGUGAUGGUGUUGGCAUUCGAGGGAGGAGCUUUUCCAGCCUGGAAGAACUUUGCCAAUUCCAAGUUUGACUUGCAUGUCGUCUUUGGCAGUUGCAGCACUGUGUUUCCUGGGACAAUGAGAAGUUGCAUCUUGAUAUUGCGAACAUGCCUUGCCACCUCUGGCUUGGCUCUAGGGUGCCUUACUGGGCAGAAAGAGCAAUAAAAUGACACUGGGUUCGUGU